AUGGACUUGACAGAUUUGAACCAACUUGUCCACCUAAAGAGUCUGGUCUUAUAUAACAUUGAUUUUUCCAAUCAGUCUGGACUUGGUGUGAUUUUCCACAACCUGUCUAGUCUGGAGUACCUGAAUUUGUACCUUUGCUGGAUUAAUUCAUUGGAGAAAGACUUAAGUAAAGACCUGAAGUCACUAAAGAUUCUGCUCUUAAACAUUGAUGGUGUGUUCAGUAUGAUGGAGAGCUUUGUGGAACCCCUGAAAAACCUGAAAUAUCUCAUCAUGCAGAAUCCACUCCUACAGUGUAGCUGUGAUAAUGCCUGGUUUACCAAAUGGACUAAAUAUCAACAAAACGUUCAAGUGUACUUCUCAGGUGUCUCACUGGAGCAGAUACAAUGUAAAAGUAGUGAAGGAACUAAGCUUUUCUACAAGUAUGUUCAAGACAACUGUUUUAUUGACAUUGAGUUCCUGCUUUUUGCCUCCACUUCCUCUGGACUCAUCUUCUUCAUGCUGGUGGUCCUGCUCCAUCAAGUUGCCAGAGAUCACCUGCUGACUUUGUUAGCCCAGUAACUUGAGGCUGGAUAGAGGAGGCUAGAAAAAGGACACUGUCCAUUCGAUGUAUUUGUGUCCUACUGUAAGAAGCAUGAGCAGUGGGUGGUGAAUGAGCUUCUGCCCAUUCUGCUCCUGAUCUGCCUGCACAUCAGAGACGUCCAGCUUGGGAAGGACAUUGUGGAGAACAUCACUGACAGCCUAUACAGAAGUAGACACAACUUCUGUCUGGUUACUGUUACCUAUGGAAUAACCGCUUUCUGGAGGAUGGAGGAAAACAUUUCUCAUCAGCUGUUAAAUGCACAUCAUUGACUGAACCUGAGAACCUGGAGCUACAUAAACCUUCCACAAUACUCAGCUCUACACACUGCAUUGUGAAAAAGA